AUGAGUCACUCCGCCACGGAGCAGGACAGGAGGGCCGAGCCGGCCAGGAGGAAAGAGGACAAUGCGAUAUUCCGUCUGAGCUGUGCCCUGCCGAAGAGGCCUCACUUUGGGGAGGUGUCCGUGCUGGACUUGCUGCCAGGGGGCACUGCCCGCUUCCACUGCCAUAUGGGCUACCACCUGCAGGGGGCAGUGGCACUCACCUGUCUCAACACAUCUCUGCCUGUCUGGAGCAGCAAGGAGCCAAGCUGUAGAGCGCUGUGUGGAGGGUCAGUGAAAAACGCUACAGUAGGGAGAAUCUUGUCCCCCUCUACCCGCCUGGGUCCCACCGCCACCCAUGACCGCUCCUGCUCCUGGUCCCUGGAGGCCCCCACUGCACAGAGACUACACCUGCACCUGGAGAGACUGGCCCUCGAACCCACUGACAGACUUGUGUUAUGGAGCGGUCUGAUGCCUGGGUCCUGUGGUGCUGUUGACUCUGGGCGGGGUGGUCCAAUACCGUUUGAAGGGGUGAUCAGUGAGGGUCCAGCAGUCAGGGUUCAGUUCAUCACAGACCAACCUAACCACAAUACAGGCUUCAACAUCCGUUAUGAGGCUUUUGAGCGUGGGCACUGUUAUGAGCCCUACCUGCAGAAUGGUAACUUCAGCACCACUGACCAGGUCUAUGGGGUUGGAGCUGUGGUGCAGUUCAGCUGUGAUCCUGGUCACUCCCUGGAGCAGGGACCGCCCGUCAUAGAGUGUAUCAAUGCCAGAGACCCCUACUGGAACGACACGGAACCACUCUGCAAAGCUCUGUGUGGGGGGGACCUGGCAGGUCCCGGGGGUGUUAUCCUGUCUCCUAACUGGCCAGAGUGGUAUGGAGAGGGAGAGGACUGCAGCUGGAGGAUACAUGUAGGGGAGGACAAGCGCGUGCUGCUCGAAGUACAGCUUUUGAACCUGAGACAAUACAGUCCCACACUGACUCACCGUGAACCUUCCACGCCGACCCUGCCGGCGUUGUCUUCGCAAGGGAGAGGGCUUCAUCACAACUACAUGGAGGUGUCCCGUAACGACUCGUGCCGCGACCUCCCGACGAUCCAGAAUGGCUGGAAGACCACGUCCCAUACUGCCCUGGUGCGGGGUGCUCGCAUCACCUACCAGUGUGACCCCGGCUAUGACCUGGUUGGACGAGAGACUCUGACCUGUCAGCUAGAUCUCACCUGGAGCACACAGCCCCCCUUUUGCGAGAAGAUAAUGUACUGUUCAGAUCCGGGUCAUGUAGAACAUUCCACCAGGUCUCUGUCAGACCCUAAACUCCUGGUUGGGACCACCAUCCAGUACAGCUGCUACCCCGGCUUCAUCCUGCAGGACGGCUCUACACUCACCUGCUAUGGACGAGAGCCCGGAACCCCUGUCUGGACAUCCAAAUUGCCACACUGUGUCUCCGAGGAAUCUGUUUCCUGUGAGAACCCUGGUCUUCCUGACAACGGGUACCAGGUCCUGUCCAAGCGCCUCUACCUGCCCGGCGAGUCGCUCACUUUCGUCUGUUACCAAGGUUAUGAGCUCAUCGGCGAGGUCGCCAUCAAGUGCAUCCUGGGAAAUCCGUCGUUUUGGAGCGGACCACUCCCACUGUGCAGGGCCAACCAUGACUGCUUUGGCAACCAUGCUUUGGAAGUUGCGGAAGCAGCUGCCGGGUCAGGUCUGGAUGGAGGCAACAUGGCAUUGGCUAUCUUCAUCCUUGUACUUUUGCUCUCCGUGCUGCUGGGAGGAGCCUAUGUCUACGUCACACGGUGUCGCUACAACUCCAACCUGCGGCUGCCACUCAUCCACCCACACCCCUACAGCCAGAUCACAGUGGAGAGCGAGUUUGACAACCCACUCUACGAGACAGGAGUGGACACCCGUGAAUAUGAGGUAUCAAUAUGAGGACUUUCUCAACUGGCAGAAUCCCAAAAUGAAGAAGCUUCCACCCAACCAAACCCACUCCCUACCCCUUCUCCUCCUCAGCCCCACCCAAAAGAAAGUUAUGUAAAUACAGACUGACUAUAGAUCUGCCCCUUCCCCCCAUGACCCUGUCCUCCAAUCACAGAAAGAGGAAACAGCGAGAGGGAAGAUGAGUAGGAAAGGGAGUGGAGAGGAGAGGGGGAGAAAAUAGGAGGAGAGGGGAAAGGAGAGGACAGGAGAUACUGGGUGUUUCUCAAUAUUCUUACUACCAUUCUCUGAGCAUGGUUGGAGAAUGAGUCCAAAUCAAAGUAUGCAAAAUGGCGUGCAUACUUUGCUUGUAAACAUUUCGAAGCGUGCAUCAAUGCAAGCUUCAACUGAAAUAUUCCCAGGAUUGUUGACAUAAUAUGACGCAACCACAUAAAAAACAACGCAACAUUUCUUGAAAUCAAUGGCGGCUGGUUUUGAGCUGAAGCGAGAGAAAAUGAACUCCGACUUUGGAAUGAAAAGUUGUCCACUCACAUCAUAUGUUGCCUGACUACAAUAUUUUAUCUUGAUCUUGUUCAUUUUGGCAUAUUUAACUGCCUAGAAUAUCCACUGUAGUCGUGUACAUAGACUGCAGGCUAACUGAUGAAGAAUUGGUAGCUAACUUUAGCUAGCUAAUAUUAUCCACAAAGAAUUCGUAGCUAACGUUGGCCAUCUACCCUUCAUAACAACAUUAGUUUUAGUUGUUGUUUUUUUGUACAACUAGCUAGAUUAAUAUGAUUCACAUAUAGCUAGCUGAUAAUUACAAGCUUGGGUUUGCUUUAUGUAGGUCAUGUUUUGUCUGUAUUGGUCAAAGUUAAUACAGUAUAACGGGAGUGCGCAGUGCUUCUCAAAUGUACAUUUGUAUGCAUUCUCCACACUCUUGUACUCACAAGAAUGUACUCAAGAGAACAUCCUCGGAGAACGAACUCGGAGCAUGAGAGUGUGGAGCAUGGCAGCAGCAUAUUGAGAAACACCCACUGUGAACAGGGCUGCAGGCGUUGGGAGAUAAAGAGACAAACACUAUUUACUCAUGUGUCUUCUAUUAGCUAUCAAAUACAGGGACAGAGGGAGGGAGAGAGGGGAAGGAAUAGGUGGGGAGAGAGGGAGACAGAAGGAGGAUGAUGGGUGAGAGGUAUAGAAGGGGUGGCAGAGAGAGGAGGGGAUAGAACCAAAGGGAACUAAAGUAUUGGUACAUGAAUGGGGUCCAUUGAGAUGUAAAACGUAGGGGUAAAUUGGCACCUUAGAAUCUGACAGAGGAAGUGAGGUUACUAUCUCUUCCUGUCUGGGCACCAUCUUCCUGCAUUUCUAAGGCCUUGUCUUAGAACCGUUUGUAGUACUGGUUUUACCAUAGUAACUGACCUUCCAUGUGCAAGCUCAACCAACCAACCAUAACAACACCAGAAGAGACCGGCACCAGAUUAUGUAUUUAUUUUGAUGUAAAUGUGAUGUUUUAUGCAGAUUAAUUCAUGUACAUUCUCAUUUUGAGAAGAAAAAAAUAAAAUAUGUACCAUGUUA